AUACAUAGCAUUAGCCUGCAGCUAAUGUUAUCGUCGCUUAAGUAUUACAUUUAUUGCGAGCUAAGAGAAAGAGAGAGAGGGUAUAUAUAUAUAUAUAUAUAUAAGUAGAGAAAGUCUUUAAUGACUAAUCGAUUUCACUAUACUCGUCGGCGUGCGCAUUCCAAACAUGGUCUCGAAUUUCAAUUGCGCGCACGAGGCGUCGGCCAUCAGUUGACACGACGACAAAAGCCGUUGUUGCGGCGCCGGACACCCUAUAUAUUGUAUAUGUAAUAAUACUUUUUUCCCGUUUUCGUCGCUGCUACUGAUGGCCCAGGGGUUGCGGAGGUGAUAAGGUGAGACCUUUUCUUGUUCGUUUAUUUGAUAGCGACAGUUUGUAUAAAGUAUCGUCGCGAUCGGUGCGUGUUUUCUUUUUCGUCGGUGUGCGUAUUUCGGUGCUUUCGAUUGUUGUGCAGCAGGUGAAUACUCUCGAUAUCAUUAAAUAAAAAUAGCUAUACCUACGUUAACCUAUAAAUUUCGUGUAGAACAAGAAAAUCCAGUAUUUCCAGUUUUUAGAAUCCAAAUAAUUAAUAUAAGUAUCGCGUGUCAGUCUAUAUACUUAGCAGAACAUCUCAUUUUGCAGCAGAGCAGCAGUGUCUCAAGAGAGAUAGACAGCUCUCUGCUCCCGGAUCGGUUUUAUGCAUUACUUAGCUGAUGCGCGUAUGCGGCAGAAAAAGAGCGCGUGCGCGUGCGAAUUUCCAUCAAACAGGGACGGGCAGUGUGUGUGUGUGUGUGCAUCGCUGCAAUGUGUGUAUAUUUAUCAGUAUCAGUACGUAAUUGCGUCGGCGCGUCGAGAGAACAACCGGUUGGCCUACCUAUACUUAAAACUUAGUCUUAAGAAAUACUUAAAAAAAAGCUCCUCUCGAUAAGCCCGCCGUCCGUUGCGGUUCAUCGAUUGUCAUAAAGUAAUCGGCAGAAGACCGGCCGUAGCCCAAACAUCCAUCGCGGCGCGUUAUCGACUAUACUUAUAAAUAUAUAUCCCCUCGUAUUCUACACGUCAAGUCGUCGCGAAAAAGCGCUUAUCAGCCGAUUUAUAAUGUAUUCACCUCCGCACUCGCGCUAAUUGAUGCCUUGAGAACGUAUACUAAUGACGCGAGCCUCUUCGCUUGCUUACACUCUGCACAGUGACUGGUGAUGUAGACUGCACUUUUGGAGCUUCCGCUGCCGCGUGACGAGUGUCAUCUGUGCUGCUGCAUCGCGAUCAUCAAAUGUCGCUGGACAAUAAUAACGACUACGACGAUGAGAGGCCCAGCUACGAGGAGCUUGAGUCGCCAUCCGGGAGGCCCAGCUACGAGGAGCUCGAGCCACCCUCCUGGAGGGCUCUGCGAGAGCUCUGCAAGGCAAAUAUGGAACACUUUGCCUCGCAUCAAGAUGAAGGAGGUCUCAGGAUCAAAGGAGCAUUGCAGGUGCUCCUAGACACGCUGGACAAUCUCAGGAUGGUUUAUGCUGAGAUUUCUAGGUUUGCUCCGCUCUUUGAUUUUGAUGAGAACACUCCUGGCAAUGGGUACAGGAGCUUCCUCAUCUUGGUGGACAGGUGCAUCGUUUACACAGGAUCUGCAUGCAAGGAUAUGCUCAGUCAGAAAGACUCCGUUUUGUUCAGGAAGACUCAUCAUAUGAGGGAAAUGGAAGCCUGCUCUCAGCUACUGGCGUCUCUCAGCACUUGCCUGGGACACAUGAAAACAUUGUACUCAUGGCGAGAGCCUAUGGAGGAUGGACAUUACUCUUUGUUCCCUUCAGAAGAGCACAGCCCUCAAGAACUUCUUAAUCAGGCCGAGAAUAUUAAUCAGUAUUGUUUUUAUGGUAGAUGUUUAGGUUUUCAGUUCUGCGACAGUAUGAGAACUGCACUUAAAGUAAUUUCAGUUGGUAUGGCAUCAUUCAGUGAAGUUUUCUAUGCCAAUGGUACAUUGUUGGGAAGAUGUACUAACUCUCUACAAUAUGUCUUGGAUCCUGAAGCCAGAGCACGUAGAAUAGUCACCAUUUCGCAGCAUGCAGACAUUUCAUUUUGUCAAGCAUUUUGGCACCUGACUGAAGGUGACUUAAUGGCAAGCCUGCCACAACUAGUGAUGCCAACCCUAGCUAUAAAUCAACUAAUAUCAAUACCGCCCGAAGAAAUGGAUUGUCCAACAUUGAGUGGCUCAACUGUCAAAAUUCCUGUUCCUAAUAGUCAUAUAGGCAAAAAACCCAUCCACGUUAGACUGCUUAGUUCUAAGCGUAGAGUAGGCAUGGUCGGUUCGGGCAGCGUGAAAAGUCAGCUAGCUGAUCAAUGCGAUAGCCUGAUGAUCCACUGUCACGGCGGAGGCUUCGUCGCCCAGAGUUCACGCUCGCAUGAGGUUUACAUGCGCACCUGGACUAACGAGCUUGACAUACCAAUCCUUAGCAUCGACUACAGCUUGGCACCCGAAGCACCAUAUCCCCGUGCUCUCGAGGAAGUUCUCUAUGCUUACGUCUGGGCACUGAAACACGCAAAUUCGUUGCUCGGUAGUACAGCUAAGAAAAUCAUCUUUGUCGGCGAUUCAGCUGGAGCUAAUUUGAUGCUAGUAACGGCCAUAAGAUGUUUGGAGAUGGAUAUCCGGCCACCAAAUGGAAUUUUUAUGGCGUACGUGCCGGUAGUAGUAGAUUUUGUUCCGUCCCCGGCUCGCUUACUCUGCCUUUCCGAUCCCAUCUUGCCUUUUGGUUUCAUGAUGCGGUGCUUAAAGGCCUAUGCUGCUACAGAUCCAAAAAGAGACUCAUGGGACAAAGAUACGACGGAUGAACUUGUUGAACUCGAUAAAUCCGACACUGAGUCAUUUGCAGAAGUGAGCGAGAGCGAUUUGAUUGCCUUGGCUCUCAGUCCCACUGGUGAUGAGGAUCAGAAUUCUCGUAGAUUAGCUUCUUUGCCUUCCGACUCAACUUUGAAUUCGGUUAGUUUAACUGAUGCAGAUACAGUGCAAGGUACAGAGAAUUCAUUAGAAGAAACAAAGUCUCAAGAGUACAUAAAACGAUUUCUAGAUAUGUAUAAAAACUCGAGACUCGGAUCGUCAGUACCAAUAUUAAAUAGUGCCAACAGCGGAGAUAGUAAUGGCGUUAAUGAACCCAGAUCCUGGUCCUUCUUCGGCUGGCAUUCAAAUAAAGACAAUAAAAAUAAAGCACCUAGGCAUUUAGAAAUGAAUGGUGGUAGAAAUCCGUCUGAAGAGUUUGCAUUUACAGUACCCAAAGAUCCUUAUCUCAGCCCAUACAGGGCUUCUAACGAUUUAUUAAAGAGGCUUCCGCCCAUCAAAAUUUUGAGCAUGAAUUUGGAUCCUUGCUUGGAUGACUGUGUAAUGUUUGCAAAGAAACUCAAAGUUUUAGGAAAACCCGUAACCCUAGACAUACUAAGUGGUUUACCUCACGGAUUUUUAAAUCUUUCACUUGUUUCUAAGGAAGCGCACGAGGGUUCAUUACUUUGCGCGAAGAGAAUAGGCGAAUUGUUGGAAACGUAACCGCAGGUGCUUUAAAAAAGUGUACAUCGAGAGUCUUAAAGAUUGUUAUUAAUUUUUAAGAAGAUAUUCGUAAAGAAAGUAUAUGUACAAGAAUGGAAUUCGACGGGUAUGGAUAGUCGACUCCGUAGUAAGCAAGUUUCGUCCAAUAUUUACAGAUUUGCUAAAAUUCGCUGAAAUCCUUUUGCUUUGAUUUAAAAUUUUUUACGCUUUUUACUGUCUAUACGAAUACAAUAGCAUUGGAAUCAAUUUUUGCACAACAAGAAAGGAAUAUUCUACCAUUGGUACCGUACAGACUUAAAGAGUGAUCUUUAUUAUAUCUAUGCUUAUGAACAGGGGUUCAAUCGAACUCGUUCUUGCAAUUUUCGUCGUAUGCAUUUUCUUUUUAACACCUUUCGCUGUGUAAUAAAAGAAAUGCCUUUUUAUACUUGUUGCAUCACCUUGUUUUACUUAAUUUUCUCGUGACCUAUUUUUUUAAGUAUAUUUGUAUUUAAUAACUUAAGAGGCUAUGCAACUUCUAUUUAUGGUGCUUUGAAACAAGAUGCUGCAAUAGGAUAUUUAUUUUAUGUGUACAAAGAAAAAUAAUCUAGUUAAUGUACAUUCCAACAGUGUAUUUAGAUAAGUAUUUAAUUUUUUUAAUGCUUUAUGUGUACAUACGUAGAGACAUUGUAUAUUCUAUUGAUACGUUGUAUAUCUUUUUGAAGGGUUUGCUGAUAAUCGCUUCGAUAUUGUCGAAAAGAAAAAAAUUGUCACAAUCUCUAAGGCCUCUGAUUUUUACUGGUUAUGAAUUAUUGUUCGAUAGCGCGAAAUAAAGCAAGAAUUUUUGCUUCUGUGAAUGUUAUCAUACAUGAUUAUACAAAACAAACUAGUCUUUGAUGUUUAAUGUAAUUGUUUUACUUCAAAAAUAAAAGAGUGUACUAAUUUUUAUAUGUAUAAAGAAUGAAAUGAAAAGAGAAACGCAAAUUAUAGUGUUUGAAGAGAAAUGUAUUUACAUGCAAUCCCAGAACAACGUUUGAUAAAGAGAUAUGCAUAUUUAUUAUUUAAUUUGUACAAUAGAUGGCUGAAUGUAAAAGUACGGGUCGGAGACUCGAUGCGUAAACGGAACAGGUGUAGUACGAAUUUAUAUUUACUGAGUAGACGUCUGAUUAUGAGGUCGCAGCGUUUUUUGCAAUACGUGGGCAUCUGCGGGUUCGAUCCUUUUGUAGUAAUAUUUCUUCGUUUCAACAAUUUCAAAGCCAAACUUUUUGUAAAAAUCUAUUGCGCCCUCGUUGUUUACUUGGACGUGCCUAUUAAAAAUGAAAUUGCAAAAUUAUGGUCUACCAAAAUGAUCAAAAUUGUCUUUCAAUCGUUUUUAGCUAGUUCUUUGCAUUAGUUAUUUAUUUAGCAAAUUUUACAAACAAGGAAAGUCUACUUCUAUUAAUAGAUUUGGCUAAAGUUUGGCCAAAAAAAAAAAAAUGCUGAAAUAUGAUCUCCAUUUUUUUUUUAAUAUUUUUUCUACAGUUUCAGCCAAAUCCAUGAGAGGACUUUCCUUGUAAAUGGUAUUUACACUUUACUUUAAAAUCUAUUAAUGAAGAAAUCUUGAUAAAAAAAUCUAUUCUUUUCUUUUUAAAUUGACUCAUUCUUGGAACUACUAUUAUUUUUAUCAUCAUUGCUAUUGUACUUACAAGAAUAUCGAAUCAAAGUUUCCAUCCCUUUCAACAUAAUUUAGUACAUGCUGUACCAUAACUGUUCCUAUUCCGAGUCUUCGGUACGGAUACAAACAGCCCAAAGUCAUUAUAUACAAUCUUCGGGAAUUUUCUGAUGUGUCAACCCUACAGCAAACUGCGCCAACCUUUAAAACAUAUUUAUUAAUGCCCCAGUUCCAGAGAAAUUCUGUACCAAAAUAAAAAUAAUGAUAAACAAA